AUGGACCAGAACGGAUCUUCUCAGAACCAGCCCGGCCAACUGGUGAUCUACAAAGCUCAAGUGACUACGGGGCAAGGCCUUUUAACCGGGACUUUCGAUUUGAUCUCCAUCGCCUUGGUGGGCACCAACGGAGAAAGCCCCAAGAAAUAUCUGAACCAGUUUGGGAUGACCUGCUGUCAAGGAUCGGUGGCCGAGGUGGACCUCCCAUGCGACCGCGAUUUGGGGCCCAUCCUGCUCAUCCGCCUGCAGAAGGAACCGUAUUCUUGUUUUCCCCAGAGCAGCUGGUACUGCACUACUGCCCAGGUGACUAGUCCUCAAGGAGAAGUCUUCCACUUCCCCUGCUACCAGUGGCUCGAGGGUUACUCUACGCUAUCCAUCCGAGAAGGAACAGCUCACAUACCUUCAGACGACACCGACAGUCUCCAGCGGAGGCAUCGUCAGGACGAGCUGCAAUUACAGCAGAGAAAAUAUGGGUGGAAGGAAUACCUGCCAGAGGUACCCUGGUGUGCCAACAUCGACACCACGAACACGAUUGAGUACAACAUUAAAUACUCCUUCCCCAAGUCAACAGCCUUUUUUGGACGGGGGUCGACUGCCUUAUUUGAGGCCAAAAUGAAAGGCUUCUUCUACAAACCUUACUCCUGGGAGAAGCUGGAAGACAUUCGCAAGAUCUUCUGGUUCUACCACACUCCUGUCUCAGAGUUCGUGUUUAAGCACUGGAAGGAGGAUGCCUUCUUUGGGUACCAGUUUCUGAACGGAAUCAACCCAAUCAAAAUCCAGAAAUGCACCCAUAUCCCGGAGAAUUUCCCCGUCACCCAGGAGAUGGUGGCAGCCGCUUUGGGAAGAUCUACCACCCUGGAGAAGGAACUGAAGAAAGGAACCAUCUACCUGGUGGACUACAAAAUCCUGGAGAAUAUCCCCACAGUAUUUUUAAACAACCACCAGCAAUAUAUCGCGGCUCCUCUUUGCCUGCUCCACCAGAAACCCAGCGGAGAAGUUCUCCCCCUGGCUAUCCAGCUCAGCCAGCAACCCGGUCCUCAAAGUCCUAUCUUUCUGCCCACGGAUGAGGAGUGGCUCUGGACCUUAGCCAAGACCUGGGUGCGAAACUCCGAGUUCCACACCCAUGAGGUGAUCGCCCACCUGCUCCGCAGCCACCUGAUGUCCGAGGUCUUUUCAGUGGCCACUCUGAGGAACCUCCCCAUGUGUCACCCAUUGUACAAGCUUUUGAUUCCUCACUUGCGUUACUCCAUCCACAUCAACGUGUUGGCCAGGACUUUCCUGAUCAGUCCAGGAGGCACUUUUGACAAGGCCAUUGCCACCGGGCGCCAGGGAUUAGCGGUGCUUCUCCAACGAGCCACGGAUGAUCUGACUUACACCCAGCUCUGCCUCCCGGACGACAUCGAAGCCCGGGGAGUAGGCGGCCUACUCCAAUACUACUACAGGGAUGACGGCUUGAAGAUCUGGGAAGCCAUAAAGAGCUUCGUCUCAGGCAUCGUCGGACUCUACUACAAGAGCGAUUUAGCCGUCCAGGGAGACGCCGAGCUGCAGGCUUGGGUGGCCGAGAUCUUCGACAAAGGGUUCCUGAGCAAGGAGACUUCAGGCGUCCCUUCCACCAUUUCUUCCAUCCCGGAACUCGUCAAGUACCUGACCAUGCUGAUCUUCACCUGCUCGGCUUACCAUGCGGCGGUGAAUGGCGGGCAGUUUGAAAUGGGGGCUUUCAUGCCCAACCUGCCUUCGUCCAUGAGGAAGCCCCCUCCCCAGGUGAAGGCCCCCCUCAGCCUGCAAGAGUUCCUGGACACCAUCCCGGAAAUGAACGUCACCAGCCAGGUGCUCUCCGUCCUCUGGGUGCUGCGGAACGAGACCUUCGACAUGAAACCGCUGGGCUACUACGACGAAGAGCACUUCGUGGAGGAAGCUCCAAAGCGGCUCAUCAGCGGUUUCCAGGAGUGUCUCCGGCGCAUCACCUCGGCCAUCGACAGCCGGAACCAAACCCUCAGGCUGCCUUACACUUACCUCUACCCCCCCAACAUAGAAAACAGCACGACCAUCUAAGGACGCUGCCUCGCUCAGCCCGCGCAUGUUGCUAGUCCUC